UAGAGCUAGCGCCGUGGUCCACGUCGGGCGUUGGAUUUGGACCGUUCCUUUCCGGUUUUAACGUGCGAGUGGACGUAAUUUCCAGCAUGGAUUUGAAAGCGGUGGUGCUGGUCGCGGUCCUAGCUGCCACCAAGGUCUUCGCCCUCAGCGACAUGUCGGACAUCCCCGGCAGAUUCUGCGAGACCCGGAGGACCCAGUGCUGCGCUGCCAGGGAGGACGACUGCUCGGUUCCUGUCAUGGGAACCCUGUGUUACUGUGAUCAGUUUUGUGAUCGUCCAAACGGUGAUGACUGUUGUCCGGACUAUGCGUAUGUGUGUUUGAACGCCACUCGCCCUACGGUCGCUCCGAUUACCAAGGGUUGCUCCUACAAGGGAAGAAAUUACAAUGAAGGCACUGGAGUCAAAAUAAACUGCAAUGAGUGCAAGUGUCAGAAGGUAUGUACAGCCCCUCGCAACUGUCGGCUGGAGAUGAGCUGUACACAAAACAGAUGUCUGGUAGACCCUGCGGCCAUCACAGCUGUUAACCAAGACAGGUUUGCUGGGUGGAAGGCUUCCAACUACUCUCAGUUCUGGGGGAGGACUCUGGACGAGGGCUUGAGCAGACGACUCGGCACACGGCACUCCACGAGAAGAGCAUAUGAAAUGAGGCCGAUCCAUUCCAUGUUUGAUCACGAGAAAGUACGCGCCAGGUUGUGGUACGAUCUACGCCAGGAAAAGCCGGGAAUGAUCUCUCCUCCGCUAGACCAAGGGUGGUGCGCGGCUGACUGGGUGAUCAGUACUGUACAGGUUGCCACUGAUCGACUAGCGUUGGUGUCUAAAGGAGAAGAUCGUACCUUUCUCUCCCCUCAACAUUUGCUGAGCUGCAAUGCCAAAAAUCAGCGAGGUUGUGAUGGCGGACAUCUCACCAGAGCGUGGAAGUUCAUCCAGAAGUUUGGUUUGGUUCCUGAGGAGUGCUACCCAUGGGUCGGAAGACAAACGAAUUGUUCAGUACCCAAGGUGCAGGAUAAGAAGAGGACGACGGCGAGGUGUUCUGACGGUAACUCUAUGAGGCCGCUGCACCGCACCGGCCCGGCGUACCGUGUCUCUCGGGAACCUGAGGCCAUCAUGAACGAGAUCAUGACCUCUGGCCCUGUACAAGCCACAAUGAGGGUAAAUCCUGAUUUCUUCAGCUACCGCAGCGGGGUUUAUCAAUGUCCAUCUGACAUGAAGUCACGACGACCAGAAAACUACCACGCAGUCCGAGUCAUAGGGUGGGGGGAGGAGGUGCAGGGAGGUAGACUCGUCAAGUACUGGAUUGUCUCCAACUCCUGGGGCCCUUGGUGGGGAGAAAACGGCUUCUUCCGAAUCGUCCGAGGGAAAAACGAAUGUGAAAUUGAAAGCCUGGUUCUCGGCUCAUGGAUUAACCCGAUUGUACCGAGAAAAGAUCCUUCGAUGCCAAUGAUGGACAAAACUAACAUGUUCUCUAAUAGUCUGUGAAGUGAAACAUCGUAGAGCCAACACAGAAAGAGGUUGCAAGAAUCUCAAGCGAAAAGUUGAAGUACAAAUCAAAAGAUAAUGCAACUCAACAAGGAUUCUUAUUAAGGUCGAAUUGAGAUAUCAAACCAGGAAAUUGUGCACAAAUCAACUUACAUUAUUAUAUAAAUCACGAGUUUUCACAAUCAUGUCAAUUUGGCAUUCAAAGAAACAAAUCGGCAUUACUUGUACAUAAAGUAAAAUAGUCUAUGACUUUAUUAUUCCUGUAUAUUUUACUUUCGAAGCACUUAAAGUACUUGUAUAUAAAUAUAUAUAUAGCACUAUUUUACUGUCUGUUAGUUUUAAGGAGUAAUUGUGUUCAAAUAAUUAUAGUUCACUAGACCAAAUAUGUAUUCUUCGAUUCACACAAGGUGAAUUUUUCUUUUGUAAUUUAUUGUAUAUUUCGCUUUUUAUCCUAAAUGUUUAUAUUUUAGUGUACAGUUAUGUUGUAGUGUUUUUUUCUUUUUUACGUCUGUACAGUAAUGGCUGUGCAAUAAGAUUUUUUUUAGAUUAUUAAUCACUGCCUGAUGAAGAAACCAUACUGGUAAGAGUUUUGAAAGUAAUUAUUUAAAUAAGUGUAAAACAGCAUUAAAAAAUCAGAUUUUAAAUUGUGUAUUCAAAUUGUACAAUUGAAAUAUAAUAAAAUAUUGUAUUUAUGUUUUUUAUUCUCUCACAAAUGUUGUGAAUGUAUGAAUUAGCAAAGAUCAAAAUUGAAUAGCUUUAUAUUUUAUUUUAAUUUUUCCUAGGGAUAUGUUCAUUUUUAUUAGAAUUUAGAACUUUUUUAACUCUAAAAUAAAUUGUUUAACGGAAGAAUUACAAACCUAUUUAUGAUUACUACAAUAUUCUACACAGGCAAGGGUCCUUUAGGUUUUUACCAGUUGCUAGUAACAUAGGAAAAUUGAUGAACUCAAAAUAUUGAAAUUGUAAUUUAAAAAAUAUUGUUCUAUAGGAACCUUAAAAUCUAUCUGAAAUCCAUUUUUUAUUUCCACCAACACAGCAAACAAUUGCGUCAGGAACAAUAUCAAUAAAUUAGUUUUGAAAGGAAAAGUUAUUUUAAAAGAAUUUCAGUUUCAUCGCUCCAAAAAUAUUGUCUAGCGUUGAUUGAUUGCAAGAAUUUUCGUUUUUCGUUUUUCCUGUUGUUACUAUCAGAACUGGUAAACUAUUGUGACCUUUGCUUAGCUUUAUAUUCCAGUGUGUAUUGAUAUUUGUACAGCAGCAGUAUUAACAUUAAUUAAAGUAUUAACAUAAUUGUUUUAUUUAUAAUUUAUUUCUGAAUAAAAUGUGUAUGUUUUA